GGAAGUGGAAGUGUAAAAUCACUACGGAUUUAGCGGAGCUUCGGACGUUUAGCGCGCGGCUGCCCGGAUCUGGCCAGCCUGAGCGCCAUGGACCCCUUCCUGGUGCUGCUACACUCUUUAUCGACCCGCCUGUCGGACAGAGAACUGACUGAGCUCAAGUUCUUAUGCCGGAAUCGCGUGAGCAAGAGGAAACUGGAGCUCAUGGAAAGUGGCCUCGACCUCUUCAACGUGCUGCUAGAGCAGAACGAUCUGGACGCCGAGCGCACAGAUCUGCUGCGCCAACUGCUGACCUCUCUGCGGCGCCAAGACCUGCUACAGUGCCUAGACAGCUUCGAGGUGGAGGCUACCGCUGGAGCAUCUCUGAGGGAGACAGACCUGCGCACAGCAUUUGACAUCAUCUGCGAUAACGUGGGAAGAGACUGGAAAAGACUGGCCCGUCAGCUUAACAUUUCCGACACCAAGAUUGACGCAAUUGAGGAGCGAUACCCCCGAAACCUACCAGAGCGUGUGAGGGAGUCGCUGAGGAUCUGGGGGAACUUGCAGAAGGAGAACGCAACUGUGGCCCGCCUGGUGCAAGUGCUCCGGGACUGCAGGAUGAACCUGGUGGCCGACCUUGUGGAGGAGGAACAGCAGGCCCGGGAGUCCCAAAAUGAGAGCAAAAGCAUGUCCUCAAUGGCAUGGGAAUCAGAAGCAUCCUCCUCACAGUGACCUUCACAGCCCCACCACUCUUCUGGGGGACCAUUAUCCACUUGGUGCUGUCCACCGAAAGCAGCGUAGUACCUUUGCUGCCCAGCACUAAAAAGACCCCAAGAAACUAGGCAGAGAGCCCUGUUUCUGCAGCUGCAGCCCCAUCACUUCUCAGUGAAGGCAGUGUUAACUGAGCAUCUGUCGGGCUGGGGUUUGAACACUGCACAGAUGUUCCCAUGUGUUCUUUACCGUCACCAUUUUUUUCAGUGAGCACCUGCAGGAAAAAGUUGAAACUGCUGAACACAUAGAAGGAACCCGCUGACAUUGUCAGUUGUUACUGUCACUCUGCAGGUGAGUAGGGCAGGAGGGAGUCAGAAAGGUGGCACAUCUGAUUCCAAAUCCACACUUCUCACCACUGUCCAGCUGCCACCCCCACAGCUGACUUCAGGGUAGACCUAGGACACCAGGAUCCUGCCCUGGAGUCAUGACCCACACACCUCUGGCCUCUGAGUGAGCAGAGUCUGAGGCUGGCCGAAGGGACAGUGGUGGCUGUGGGACAGACUGAGGGGUCUUCAGAAGUGCUCGUGUCUGGUGCACUCGAUAAACGUUCUCACAAGAGGACGAUUGCUGUGAUUGUGCAGUUUACCAUUUGUAUCAGAAUGACUGUGUGAUAACAGAACCAGCAAGAGAGCAGGAGCUGUAAGAAUCGAGCCCUGCAAUCUGUUGAGCAAGUAAGUGCCUUUGCUCUGGAAACUGUUCCAUAGAAUGAGUUGCUAUUCCUUUUGAGGACACUUUGAUCUUGAAUCUUCUCUGGAGCCACACUACAGCAAUGGCAGUCUGCCUUGUGCUCAUCCCGGGUGCUCACCUAUGAGUAGGUGGUAGAUCACUAUAUGGCACUAACCAUGAGCGAAGGGUGGUCCAGCUUUGCCCUUUUGGAGCUGCCUGCUUCUGACAAUCAUCAAACUAAAGCCAAGCCGUGGCAUUUUGUGCCGGCUCUGCCCUUGUGAGUGUAGAAAACCGCAUGUGCCAUGCUGUGCUACCUGCACCCUGGAUUAUCAAGUCCCUGGGCAAGGUUCUAGGCACACUGUCACACUAAACUGUGGCCAUGGCCUUUGAACUCCUCUGUGCCUUCCUGGUUGUUCCUUCUCAGGGAACAGGAGCAGGAAUGUGGAGCAGAGCUAGAUUCCACCCAGCCUCCCAUGCCUUUGAAGGCACCCAGCGUGACGCUUGGAAGUGGAGUUGCGUCCCCAGACCUGGAAGUCCUGUUUUUCCUCUCUGCUGGACCACACCACUGUGCAUCCUGGGAUCGGGAGGAGAUGGGCCAGCUCCUGAGAAUGUGGAACACAGAACCAGCCCUGGAAAGGGGGCCCAGAGCCACACAGAGGCAUCCGUCACAGAGCAGCUGCUAUCAUGACACUGCAGGCGCUGAGACUAUGCCUAGUAGGACAGCAGCCUGCCCUCGGGGACCUCGGGCUGUCCCUGCUUACCCAGAACAGAAGAGAAAAGGCAGUAGUGCUCACAAGGCCCUAGGCAUAAAGGUGAUGGCAGCAAGUUUUUGACAAUGGAAAUUAUUUGCUGGAUAAUGAACUUUUUUCUGUGCUGUUGCUAUGAUGCAUUUUUUUGUUGUUGUUUUGAGACAAAGUCUUGCUAGGUAGUUCAGGUUGGCCUUAACUCACUGGAUAGCCUAUGCUGACCUCACACCAUGAUCCUCCUGCCCCAGCCUCCUGAGUGCUGGGGUUACAGUUGUAUGCCACCGCACCCAGCUCAUUUUUCAGUUUUUAAAGACUCCUGAAAAUAUGGUAGUUGACUGCACUGGCAGGCAGGGCACAUGCACAGGGAGAGAGAGAACACAUGGCCUCUCAGGUUGGCCUGGGUUUGAGUCCUGGCUGCCCCUAGUGGCCACAUCACCCCAAAGGGACCAUCAGUAAACACUAAGAAUCUGUGAGUAUCACUUCUCAGGGACCUUAAAAAUAAGCAGCAAAGCUGAACAUGGUGACAUACAUCUGUAAUCCCAGCCCAAGGCAGAAAGAUUACAAGUUCGAGCCCAGGCCACUUAGCAACUUAGCAAAGGCCCUGGAUUGGCUCUCCAGUUCUGGAAAAAGAACAAAAACCAAGCAAGGCUUUACCUGGAGCCCUAGGGAGCUGUCCAGAGGCCAUUUUGCCCAGAACAUGGGAGCCCAGCACUCAGUUAUGGCCCUAGGAUGUCAUCUUCCUUUCUUCUGUAGUUGGAGUUGGGGGAACAGGGCAGCCCCUUUCAAGGGAAGGCACUCAGGAUCUUCCUGACCCUCCUUGGGACAGAAGUGCUCAAUGUCCUGUGGGCACCGUGACCUUGGAUACAGGUUCCGAUGCACCCCACUCAGUCCGGAGCUGUUGUGUUUGAAGAGGGUUUCUUGGGGGAGGGGCGGCGGAAUCACAUUCCUUUUUUUUUUGGUACCAGGGAUCAAACUCUUGACCUCACACUUGCCAGGCAGGCACUUACACCACUGAGCUACAUCACUGGCCACAUUCCUCUCUUUGCCUCUAUACAAUCCAUGAUUCUGAAAAAGGUGCACUCAGGCUGUGGGGUUUGCCUGACAGCACAAGUGAGCAGCCACAGCUUGCUGUCCUAAGUCUAGAGGUCUCAGCUUUGCAGGGGACUCCAGGCCUCUCCACGGUUUGUCCUGGACCAAAGGCUCCAGCCCUCCUUUCCCAGCUGCCUUCUCCCACCAUGGCAGCCCUGCUUUCCCAACUGCACCCCAAACAGCGCUCUCCAGCAACCACCCCCUAGACUCCAGGGUGCUCCAAAUCUGCUGCACCUGGUCUUCCCCUGUAGGAGUUGCAGUUUGUCCUGGCUGUUGAGGACUCUCCCUUUGAGAUGCUGUUCUUGAGCACCCUUGUCAUGACCACCUCCUCGAAGAUGCCACGCUGUCUUCUCACCAGGAGCACAGACCCCUUCUAGACCUGUCCUGUCCCAGAUCCUGGGCAUCUGCUGUGUCUCUCUAGGCUAUAUCUUUCCUGGAGGCCCUGUCCCCUUCCUAUCAGUGGCCUCAGUGGCCCUAUGGAGACCAUCCUGAUACCUAGUAUGAGUUUCUUGUGGCUGCUACAACAAAUCCCUGCUUGUUGACUGGCUUCACUCACAUUUUUCUUAAGGUUCUAAAGGUUAGGAAUCCAAAGUGGAUCUCUCAGGGCUCAAGUCAUUUGUGAGCAGGCCUGGCUCCUUGCCAUGGGCAGCAUCUCUGUCAGCCUGCACGCAUCUGAGCUUCCAGCUCAGAGUCUUCCCGUUACAUUCCUUCCUGUCUCCCUGCCCUCUUCCUCCCUCCCCCACUGCAAGAGGCUUUGCGAUCUCUUUGUGGUAUCUGAGUAAAUCAAAAUCAUCUUCCCAUCGUCGCAUCCUUCAUCUAACACUGUGUAACAUGCCUUUUGCCAUGUCAGGGAGCCCACGGGUCCAGGCAUUCGGAUGUGGACAGUGGUCCUAGCUCUUUGCUGGAUGCUCUCUCAUCUGCCCACCAGACCAGCCUUCUCCUCGCCCUUAGGCUCACUUGUGCCACAUAGCAGACCUGGGUCCUGAACCCAGUUCCUCAUAAGUGUCACUCUUGGCCACCUUCUCUUCUGCCCUUUCUGCAGUCCUCAUUCCCAACAUGGCCACCCUCUGUUCUGGACCAGGACACACUGGCCUAAUUCAUCUCCUGCCUCUGCUCUUACCCUGGCCCAGCUCAACCCAGCCCCCACCAGCAGCUGCAACCACAGACCCCUGUCUGUCUCGGAGAAGCCACAUGCUCUCCGUGCAGGUUUUACUUCAUUUUUUUAUUCCAUGAUAACUGUUGUGAGUCAUCUAGCUGAGUACUUUCUGACCACACAGUCCCCAUGUGGACAGCGUUUGGAACCAGAUGGCGAACGUGACUUGGGCUGCCCCUGUUCAUGCCAAAGUGGCCAGUCACCCUGACUUGUCUUUUUCAGGGAAAAUAUGCAACAGAAAGCAUUUUCACUUCAGCAACCCUUAGGCUCUUGAACCAUGCACGUCAAGCCUGUGAUCUGUCACCAAGCGGCAAGCUGACUCAAGGAAAGAAGUGACAUGGUGAGACAGGAUAGAAGAAAUAAAGAUAGAAGGAAACAAGGAGAGUCGUAGUUUUAAAGUUGUACUUUUAAGACGACUACACUUAGUUUCCCAGGAUUAUCUAUUGCUUUAUGUCAUAUUUUACACUCUGAGCGUGUUCAUACGCCCGUCUUUUUUCUUCCAGGCCCAUCACAACUAAAUCCUUUAGAGAUACUGUAAGUGUGAUGUGCCAACUUAACUGGAUUAAAUGCUUAAGGCAGUAACGAAGCCCAAUUACCCAUGUAUCUAGCCAGCUCACAGAGCAUGUGUGUGGGCACUGUGUAUGGUCCCCACUAUACAAUAGGGUACCCCUGCCUCUCACUGUCCUGCCCUCUCCUGACCACCACAAACUAAACAACUCUGCUCUCCUAGAUCCUUCCACUUUUCUGCCUUGCAACCAGCUAAUCAUGGACUGAGUUCUUAGAAUCCGUGAGCCAAUAUUAAACUUCUCUAGCCUGUCAGGUAUUAAGUUUCAGUGAUAGGAAACCUAACAAAAUCCGUAAAUUAGUUGAUAAGGUAAAGAGUCAACUACACAAUAAUCUCAAUCUGUAAUCCCAAGUACCCAUGAGGCUGAGGCAAGAGAAUUGCUUCUAGCUUGAGGUCAACCUCCUCCACAUAGCAAGACCCUUUCUCAAAGUGUAAAAAAAAAAAAAAAUGAUAAAGAGCAGCCGCCUCAAAAUGUUCUGUCUCAAGUGGAACAUCUUAGAUCACCUAUCUUAAUUCCUCUAAGAACACAUUUUUCCCUAUCCGCCAGCCAUCACAGGUCCCUGUUUAGGGCCUGUCCUCUGUUACUAGUGGGUACUGUAAUUCUGCCUGAUAAAUUCUUGUGUACCCCUCACAGAUGCAUCCUGAAAAUCUGCUUUCUGUGACAAGGACGAAGAACUGACUCAGACUGUGCUGAGUCUGUCUCUUCAGGGGACCUCAAACUCAUCUGGUGACAAUAGGAAUGAAGUUGUGUGCUGAAAUGGGGCGACAUGGUAGCCAUUUGUGCUACUUGCAACACAAGGGUUCCAGAACUGACAGUGGUGGAGAUGAGGUUAUGGUUUCAGCCAGGGUCACACACAGUGUCCAAGCUGUUCGUAACGAAGCGUUCUGGAGGUGGACAGUGGUGACGGCACAGUUCAUGGUCCCAGGCUCCAUGCUGGAAAACGGUUAGAAGGGUAAAUUUAAUGUUAGGCAUAUUUUUUCACAAUAAAAAAGUCAGACCUCA